GCACACAUUUCUUUAUUAUUUUACUCACAAUAUCAAGUAAAAAUAACUACAGUACUUAUUUUGCUUUAGAAUAACUUAAAUUCUUGUUUCAAAUUGCAUGAACAAAAUGUUGGAUCUGAUCAUGAAUUUUAUGAAACAUCACAAUGAAUUCUGCUCAAAAAUAUUUAAUUUGAACAGGACAUAAAACAGGACAUGUAACGCACUUUCAUCUCAGGAUACAAAACAUGCAGCUAAGCAUUGUGGGAAAUGCUUAGCUGCUUUUCCCAGCUAAAGACUCCUGUCGUUUUCUUCUUUUGGUUUUAAGUGCUAACCUAAACACUGGUUUAUUCAACUGGAGGACUCUUGCCAUAACCAUUGGAGGUUUGACAAAAUUAAUAAAAAACUUAGGUUAAAAAUCUAAAACUCACUAAAUUUGUUUCACUUGGAGAGUAGAAGAUGGUAGACACAACUAAAAGCAGCUCAAAUGUUUUACAGUGCAGGCAAAGCAUAUGAUUAAUGGACAACAUUGGCAGUUUUCCUUUAACCACAGCUUGAUCUGACUUUCUAUUUUUAUCUUAUUCUCUUAUCCUCCUCUGUAUCACUCCCUUUGCCUCCCCAACUCUCCUCCUCCAUCCCAUUAGCUGAUUAGCUCGGUGUCAUCAUGGAAGAUUGCCAGGGAGGUACAAGAUGGACGUCCAAUCGAGCCACUUGCUUUUUCCUCCUAUUAACCCCCCGUUCAUACCGAUACUCUUCUUUCAUUCGUGGCUCAUUCCCUCCACUGCAAUGUUUUCAUCCUUCACCUUCUCUUCUCACACAGGAACUGACCUUGUAGGAAGUCCCUUUAAUGAAGAUUGGGCAGCUCUGUCUCUGCUGUGGGCUGACUCAUCUCUGACUGUGGGUGUCGGCCAAAAGAUGUGUCAUAUUUUAACCAUAAAGUGUAGUUCACAUGUUAAACGGCUGAGCAGAGUAAAUUGGCAGAAGAGCAGGCCUGACACCGACAUAUUUCUCCCUGGCAGCCUUUAAUGAACAGCGUUUGAUUCACAGAGGUAGUUAAUAAGGGCUCUGCCACCCUGUGGAGUCAAAGGAAGCUUUUUGUGGACACGUGCGCAAUUUAUUAAGAAGCUGUUUAUAUUUAUUCAUUAGUGUGCGUAAAGAGAGAAGUUCUGACAGUAGAAAACCAGCCUCUCAAAGCCAUCUGAAUCCAUGACGAACAGAUGUGGAGCCAUACUGAGCGGAGGAACCUACUGCAGCAGAAAGGCAGAUGGAGAAUAAAAUUGGGCUUUCAUGAGCCCAGCAAAGAGAAAUUCAUUUUGCUGGAGCAAAGACGAUGGCAGGUACACGGUCCAAGCAGACAGAGGAAAACAUUGCAUUUAUUAAGACCUGGCCUGCCACUCCCCUUUCAGGAAGCCUACCAGGCAGCGUCCUGCUGUCACCACAAUUCAAUUUCCAUCUAUAAAUAACCUUUCUCGUAACGGACUCGCUGGCACGACGUUCACUGAUUGCAUAGAUGCAGGAACCGCACCUUUCUGUAUGGAAUGGCCUCAGUGGCAGCUGCUACUGGUCGCUCGUUGUUUGCAGAACUGCUGUGGUUUAUUGGGGCAUCCUUAAUGAAGACACAUCAGCGGCACAAUAAAGCAAAACCCUUCAACAUGUUUUGCACUUUCAGCAUAUUGUCAUCUAUAGAAAUAUGAGUUGGAAUUAAGUGUUGGGCCAGUUUAGCUCCUGGUGUGCAGUGAUGCCCAAAGAAUCCCCCCGGUCAUCAUGGGAGACAAACAGUUGUAACCAUGACGACAUCUGCAGGAAUACUGGAAGAAAGCCAGUAUUGAAAGUGGUCAUAAAAGUACAAUAGAAAAAGUUUAAAUUAAAUUGAUGGGCCCGAGGCAUGCCAAAGAGCAGAUGCAGUUUUGACGUCACUGAAUGUUUAAUAUGGAGAAUCUCUUGGUGAAGCAGUUUACGUCUAGCUAGAUGAAAAAUGUGUUGGUGUUUUCUAUUUUCUUUUGUUUUACUCAACUACUGAAAAGUCAGACUGGCCACCAGCUUUUAAUGUGAAAACCUUCAGGUCUCCUGUAAGCUACAGUGCAUGGAGUAGGACUAAAUUCAACACAUAGUCUGACAAAAAUAAUAAGAUUGACUUCUUUUUGUUUAUAUUUUUGUAAUAUUUAUAUGCAUCGGUGACAUUAUUAUUUAAAACUAGACAGCCAAUUCAGAUUUCUGAUGUAUUACUAACCUUAGACAUAGAUUUAUGCUGAGCACUGUGUUCAAAAAGCAUGAUACGUCCUUCAGCACAUAUCGUGGUAAGAGUAACAGAGAUUAACCUAAAAUGAUGUAAGCAGAUGAUAUUGUGCUACAUAAAUCCUUCCUCUCUAUUUUAUGAUACCCAGACCAUCUUCGUCUUGAUAAUUUCUCUAUUUGCUCAUCCUGAUUUACGUGCAACAGUGAAGAGUUAAAAUGUUUCAUCUCAACUCUUUCUCUCUGACUCAAACAGCUUGUUACAGCUCGGAAACUUUAUUUUACAUGAAAAAAAACAACAACAACAAAAACUAACUUAAUAGUCACUGUGUCUUCUCUGUAAGUCCUCCAGAGAAGGACGUGAGGUUCUGAGAUCAAGGCUUUGUGAUGGCCACUCCAAAACACAGACUUUUUUGACUUCAAACAGGAAAAAUUAUACCAGAUACUGACAGAAAAUGUUUGCGUCUCUUUUAAUAUAUUUGAGAAAAAACUGGAAUUACGUUUGCAUUUGACUUGAUACAUGCAGUUACUGUCUUCAAUCAGCCUACAUCAGUCGAAGUGGAAAUCUGUCUUUCAGUGGCUGAACUGAUUGAAAAAAGCAAAUUUUGUUAGCAAAGAUUGUAAUGCACUGCUCUUUGUAAAGACAGCAAAUAAGGUGACAGUCUUAAAAAGUAUUUUCUGUGAGCAAAGUUUGACAGUGACUGAGCAGAAAAAAAAAUCAUCAUCAUUAUGUGGCUGAAACAAACUUUUCUUUUAUUUAUUUGGAUCCCUGUUAUUUGCAGUUCCAUUCAUCUAUGCUUCACAUAUUCUACAUAAACAAAUAUAUGUUUCAUAACAUUCAUAGAUCGCAUUACAAAUUCAAAAUAAAAAUAAGCGUAAAUAUAAACAAAUACAAAAUAAAGGCCAUUGUCAAGUUAAAACAGCAAAUGGUGUAGUUGUGUGAGUGCAAUACCAUCUCCACCCAGCUGGCACGUGGCUCACAGAAAAUCAAGCACACCCGUCUCUCCCACUCAGGCCUUCAGGAGCCUAUAAAGCAACUCAGCACACCUGUGUUUGAGAUAAUCUCUACAAACAAAGACCUCAUCUUCAAGCUCCUGCAGAACACCACUGGUAGGAACUGAACUUUAAAUCUGUAUUCAGAGGACCUUGCUGGCUUUACAAAAUGGAUUUAUGAAAGUAGUUCAUUUUGUUUAUUUUCUUUUGAUGACUCAAAAAGUAAUUUGUACUUUGUGUGUUUGUAGGUUUUCAACCUGCUCAGGUGUCAUGAAAGAACAGUGAUUUAAAGAAAAGAAAGAGAAAUAAAAUAAAAAGAUGACACUGAGAAGAGUUGGUCCGGGUUGUCUUUGAUGGGAGCAAGCCUUGUCAAGUUUGGGCAGAAGCUAAGGUGUUUUGUAGAGACUAAAAACUUGACAGUUGAAAACCAAUGGAAACCAGCUGGAAACCAGUUCGAACCAAUUGGGAACCAGUUGGAAACCACUGUGAAGAUCAGAUGAAAGAGAAGUCCUGAGGAAAGAGCUUUGACGAAUCAACUCAAGGAGGAACAUCAGGUCAUUUCAUCUAUACAGUCCACAAUGGCUGAAGAAAUGUUUGGAAAGUCAGUGAAACAAUUGAAGCUGGAUCGCACCAUGGCAAAGUCUUCCUUCACCAAGCAAGCAAACUUCCUGAGCAGAAAAGCUUCCAACAUGACAGAGAUGGAACUGCGAGAGGAGUUUAAAAAGCUAACUUCUGAUGCCAGACAUGUAAGUGACUCAAAUGAUGAUUACAAAGCUGGACUAUUGGCAGAGGUGGGAGAUGAAGCUGAUGAACUUGAUGAACAGCAAAAAGCUGAUUUGGAAAAGACUAUUAUUGACUGUGAAUUAAAAUUAGAAGAAGUCAAACAAAUAGUUCAGUCUAAUUUGUGGAAAAAAUAUGGUCAGGAUGAACUCUAUACUGCAAUUCAAGAGGCUGAGAAGGCAUGUAAUGAUGCUUCUGACAUAAAAGUUUUAACUGUGUACAAAAACGCAUAUGAAGUGCAGCUGUCCUUCGUGGAGAAUGUGAUCCAGGAAUCUAUUAAAAGUUUUUUGACCUGGGAAAUGUGGAUUCCAGUAGAAGAAAGGGACAACUUAGAAGACAGAGUAAAACAAAUGAAAUUGAUGAAAAAUAAACUUCAAACAAGAAAAUCACAGUUUGCCAUAGCACAAACAAUUGCAGAGGAGAAGAAGAAAUCAGAUGAUGCGCAAUCAGACCUUACGUCUUUUCCUAUACUAGCUCAACCUGCACCCAGUGUAAAGAUUAGACCCAUUUGUCUACCAAAAUUUCAUGGCUGUAAAAGAAACUUUCACAGAUGGAGAAAAGACUGGGAAAGCCUGCAGAAGCAGGGAGAACCAAGUGGCUCAGUGGAAGUGAAAAAGUUUCAGUUGUUGGAUAGUGUGGAUGAAAGAAUCUGUAAUGAAUUACAUCUGUCUGCUUAUGAUACUGCCGCAGAUAUGUUCCGAGUGAUGGAAAAUAGGUAUGGCGACAAGUUAAGCAUUGCUUUAGAAAUUAUUGAAGAGCUUGAGAAGACUCCACCCCUGAAAGCAAACCAGCCAAGGAAAGUGAUAGAUCUUAUUCAAGCAAUUGAAAAGGCUCUAGCUGACUUAACAGAGUUAGGUAACAUUGGAGCAAUGAAAAAUCCUUUGGUUAUUAAAUCUCUAGAGAGUAAACUACCUGAUGUUAUAAAGAGAGACUGGCUAGUUUUUAUGGUUAAUCCUGCCAAUGCAGUUACACCAGAUAACCAUUUUGAUAGUCUUCUCAAAUUUUUAAAGACACAGGAGGAAGUUCUAGAGAAAUUGGAGCAACUUGGAGUGAGUGAAAAGGUUGAGAAGAAGUUUGAGAAACGACAUGCUUUUACUCGAUCCACAAGAAAGAAUCAUGUCUGUAUUGUGUGUGGAGACGCAAGACAUGGAGAUAAAAUAUUCUUCUGCAAACAGUUCAAAGCAAUGAAUUUACCUGAAAAGCUCAACAUUGUAAAGACGUUGGACACAUGCAAAAGGUGUUUGAGAAAGCAUGGAGAUGCUGAUUGCAUCAAUACUUACCUUUGUAGAAAUAAAGAUUGUAAGAAAAGAAGCUUUUCAGAUCACCAUUUCCUCCUUUGCCCAAAGGGUGAGCUUACAAAGGUUGAGACUGUUAAACCAAGAAGGGAAAAUAGACUGACAGAAGAGCAGGAAAAAUUCAUAGCUGGACUUUCACCAGAACUAGCAGAAGAAUGCAGAAAAGCCUUUUCAAAUGUGACUGCUUCAACAAAAAACACAAAGUGUGAAGCCUCUGGGCUUAUGGAGUCAUAUGGACUAAAAGAGCAACCUGUCAUUCUAAUGCUAUUGGAAGUCACUACGAACGCAGGCCAGAAAAUAGGCACUUUGAUUGACUUGGCUUCUGAUACUAAUUACAUUACUCAUCAAGCAGCUAAAAGGUUGAGCCUAGAAGGUGAAAACAUAACAUUAGUUGUUCAUGGUGUUGGGGGAAUGUCAGUCAAAGUUAGAACAAAGAGAUACCUGUUAAGAGUGAGAGUUAAGACCCCCAAAGGCACAGUGAAAGCUCACCAACUCAUUUGUUAUGGACUUAGUGAAAUUGCUAAAGUGCAUAAAGUCAUUCAACCACUGCAGCUGCAAAAGUUUUUCCCAGAUGUUGGCCUGGAAGACCUUAAAAGACCAGAUACCAUUGAGCUGCUAAUAAGCCACAGAGAAGGCAGACUGGCCCCUCAAAGAGUCAAGGUUGUUGGAGACCUGGUCCUGUGGAACAGUCCACUCGGCAUGACCGUGGGAGGAGCUCAUCCGGAUCUUUGUGAAGACGUCGACGUGGCAGCACACAGGUGCAUGAAAUGGUGGAGAGGAAAGCAGCAAUAAAACUAACAGAAGACACUCUAAACAACUGGAAAGGACCAGUAUGGUAUGUAAACCAUCAGGUGGCGCCAAAUCCUCAUUCUGUGACCACUCCUGUGCGUUUAGUAUGGAACAGCAGUCAAAGAUUUGAAGGUCUAAGUAUGAAUGAUAUUCUGCUGAAAGGUCCUGAUGUUUUAAAUCCCAUUCGUGCUGUUCUACUCAGGUUCAGAAGGGGACUGCAUGCUGCCCUGGGAGACAUUAAAAAAAUGUAUAACUCUGUUUGGCUAGAGGACCUGGAGAGACAUCUUCACAGGUUCCUCUGGAGAGACGGCUCAGAAGAGGAGAUCGGUGAGUUUGCCAUUACCAGAGUUAACAUUGGGGAUCGACCUGCUGGAUGUAUUGCCCAAGUAGCAAUGCGAGAGACGGCAAAACUGCCCAUGUUUGACAGCUGUAAAGAGGAGCGUAGGAUCCUGGAAGAAGACUGUUAUGUCGAUGAUAUUUUAACAUCUGACAAUGACCCAGAACUUUUGCAUAAACACAUUAAGAAGGUGGAAGAGAUCUUACAAGCUGGGGGAUUCUGUUUGAAACCAUGGGUCCUAUCAGGUCAAAGUGGGAGGCAAAACAUGUCCUUACCUAGCAGAGACAAAAUCCUUACACUCCCUAAUCAGUUGAAAGAGGAUGAUAAUAAGGCUUUGGGAGUGGGAUAUCUGGUGGAGGAGGAUAAAUUAUAUGUGAUGACAUCAAUUAACUUCUCAAAAAGGAGGAAAAAAAUGAAGAUGGGACAAAACCUAGAAGAAGGAGAAGUGAGAAUAAAUACUCCAAAUCCUCUCACUAGGAGAGAACUCCUUAGCCAAGUAGCUAGUCUUUUUGAUCCCAUUGGGCUAGUCACACCCACCAAACAAAAAGGAGCCAUUCUAGUGAGAAAGGCUUUUCAAGAAACCAGAACUGCAGGCAAAGCAGGUGAUACUUGGGAUCAACCACUUUCUGAUGGGCUAAGAAAUGAAGCCAUUGAAUUAUUCCAGGAUUAUGUUCGCCUGGGCCAAAUUAAAUUUCACAGGAGUUUAACACCAAUCAGUUGGAUUAGAAAGCCCAUUGGAAUAACUUUCUCUGAUGGGAGUGACAAAAGUUAUGGGGCAGUUCUAUACUUCAGAUGGGAGACAGAGCAAGGGAUCCAAGUGAGACUUGUAGAAUCCAAAGCAAAACUUACUCCACUCGAUCAGAAAGGAGAACCUGUAAAAGCAGAAAUUUGUGGUGCUGUGUUUGCAGCUCGUCUGAGGAAGUAUGUUGAAAAGCACAGUAGGAUGGAAAUUGGAGGCUGGUACCAUCUUCUAGACAGCCAAACUGUGCUAGGAGCCAUUCAGUGUGACAGCUAUGGGUACCAAACUUUCUUUGCUAACAGAAUUGGUGAAAUACAGAAAACUGGGCCUGUCGCAGAUUGGUGGUGGAUUCCAGGUGAGCUAAAUGUUGCAGACAUUACAUCAAGAGGAGCAUGUCCUGAGCACCUCCAAGAGGACUCACAGUGGCAAAAUGGACCAAAAUUUUUGUUGCAACCUAUUGACCAGUGGCCGAAAAGAUCUGCCAAAGACAUUGCUAUAAGUGCAAAGGAAGGGGUUGAAAAACUCCAAAGAAAAGCUUUCUCAGCAGUAAUAACUAGAGCACAGUCUAAGCAAACUGAAGAAAAAUUGUGUGAUGAGGAGGUGACAAAGAAUGCUCUAAAAGCUACAAAGUGUAAAGAAAGGGACAGGGAGCUCAAAAUCUCACCUCUUACAUUCAUUGCCAAGCAGUUAAUUCAAGAGAGGAGAUACAGCAGUCUUUCUAAACUAGUCAGAGUUAUUGCAUGGGUGAGAAGAGCUGUUGAAAACUGGAAACUCACUUUAGAAAGUCACCAUAGUGGCAGAAAAGUGAAAGAAAAAAUUUCAACAGACAUCAAACAAUCAACCAUCCAUCCCGGGCUUAGUGUUAAAGAGUGUGAGAAUGCACUGAGAGAGGUUUUUCUGGCUGCACAAGAGAAUACCUCAUUCCAUGACACAACUUUAAACAGACUAGUUGUGUUUAAAGAACAAGAUUCUGGACUUCAGGUAUGUGGGGGUCGUAUUCAAUCCUUUAAUGAAGACAAAAGAGCUGUUCCCAUUUUACCUUAUGACUCAUGGGUAUCCAUGUUGGUUGCUCUUGAAGCUCAUGAAGUAAAUCAUGAAGGCAUUGCUGGAACAUUACUGCAGAUGAGGAAAAAAGCAUGGGUGGUGAGAGGCAGAAGAUUGGCUAAAAAAGUUGUGGAUAACUGUGUGACGUGCCGGAAAAUCAGGGCAAAAAGAUGUGAACAGAUAAUGGGUGACCUUCCACCAGAACGAACACUGCCUGCCAGACCAUUUGAGUUUACUACUAUUGAUCUAUUUGGACCUUAUGAAGUGAGGGAUGAGGUCCGGAAAAGAGUUAAACUGAAAGUGUGGGGCAUCAUCUUCUGUUGCAUGUCAUCUAGAGCUAUUCACACAGAUCUUGUAAGCGAUCAGUCAAGUGAAGGCUUUUUGUUAGCAUACCAAAGAUUUACAGCCUUAAGAGGACAUCCAAGGAAGUUAUGGUCAGAUGGCGGAAAAAACUUUAUUGGAGCUAAACCUGUCCUGGUUGAUCUUUAUCUGUUUUUGGACCGACUAAACAAAGAGAAAAUUCAACAUGAAGCUUUGGAACAUGGAACUGAAUGGAGCUGGAAAAUACACCCUGCAGACUCCCCCCAUAGGAAUGGGGCAGCAGAAGCAGCUGUAAAGAUACUCAAGCAAGCAUUGCACAAUCUAGGAUCAGAUGGAGUUUUUACAUGGAGUGAAUUUCAAACAUUCCUGUAUAUGGCAGCUAAUCUGGCUAAUGAAAGACCAAUAGAUGCAAGAACUCAAAGUCGAGAAGAUUGCAUAAGCUACAUCACACCAAACUCUCUGCUGCUUGGAAGAACUGAUCUAAAAAGUGAUAACUGUGGAUUUGACUUUAAAAGUUAUCCACUCAAGAGAUUAAAGUUCAUUCAAACAGAAGUGGACAGAUUCUGGAGAAAAUGGAGUCAACUAGCUGGACCAAAUUUGUUUGUCAGAAGUAAAUGGCGUUCAAAGAAGCGAAAUGUUGCUGUCGGAGACAUUAUUUGGCUUGCAGACCAAAAUGCUUUAAGAAGUCAGUACAAACUUGGCAGAGUGAUCAGUGUAAACAGUGACGGGAAGGGGAUUGUAAGAGAUGUAUAUAUACGAACUUAUCCAAGUUACCCUGUACCACUUGUGAGAGCUGGAGGACAAACGAGGAAGAUGAGGAAGAAACUUCAAAUGAAGAUACCCUCAACAAUACUUCACAGGGAUGUAAGACGCAUUGUGUUAUUGCCAAUAGAAGAGCAAGAAAACCCUGCUGGGACAAGAUCUGGUGAAGAGAGAGAGGUGUGAUCUCCUUGGGUUCAAAAAACCAGGAGCUCAAGUGGGAGGUGUCAAGUUAAAACAGCAAAUGGUGUAGUUGUGUGAGUGCAAUACCAUCUCCACCCAGCUGGCACGUGGCUCACAGAAAAUCAAGCACACCCGUCUCUCCCACUCAGGCCUUCAGGAGCCUAUAAAGCAACUCAGCACACCUGUGUUUGAGAUAAUCUCUACAAACAAAGACCUCAUCUUCAAGCUCCUGCAGAACACCACUGGUAGGAACUGAACUUUAAAUCUGUAUUCAGAGGACCUUGCUGGCUUUACAAAAUGGAUUUAUGAAAGUAGUUCAUUUUGUUUAUUUUCUUUUGAUGACUCAAAAAGUAAUUUGUACUUUGUGUGUUUGUAGGUUUUCAACCUGCUCAGGUGUCAUGAAAGAACAGUGAUUUAAAGAAAAGAAAGAGAAAUAAAAUAAAAAGAUGACACUGAGAAGAGUUGGUCCGGGUUGUCUUUGAUGGGAGCAAGCCUUGUCAAGUUUGGGCAGAAGCUAAGGUGUUUUGUAGAGACUAAAAACUUGACAGCCAUAGAUAAAAAUAAAUAAACUAUACUAUUAUGAAGAACAUUCUAAGGACAUUCACUAUACGGAAAAACACACACAAUCAAUAUAACACAAUAUAAGAUAAAAGAAUCAUUCAGUGUAGUUGUUUUUCUUGUAAAUAUGUUAACAUAACUCAUCUUAAAAUAAUCUGUAUGAAUCUACCAUCAUCAUUUACAGCCUCUUUCUGGAAUCGAAGGAAAAACAGGACUUCAUUUUGCAGGUGAAUUUCUAAUUUAACAUGUUAUGCUCACUGCGGUUUCUCUGUCAGGUUCGGCAUGUUUGAGUUCCUCAGUAACCGGGCGAAGGAUGAGAACGGCCGACUGGACAGCACCCGUGGCCUCCUCUGUGGGCUCGGCGCGGGCGUCAUGGAGGCCGUGCUGGUGGUCUGUCCCAUGGAAACCGUUAAGGUUAAAUUCAUUCAUGACCAGACGUCGGCCAAACCCCAGUACAAGGGCUUCUUCCACGGAGUGAGAGAGAUUGUCAGGUCACAAGGACUAAGAGGGACAUAUCAGGGUUUGACCGCGACGAUCCUCAAACAAGGCUCCAACCAGGCUAUUCGCUUCUUUGUAAUGACGUCUUUAAAGAACUGGUACAAAGGUGAUGACCAAAACAAAACUAUUAAUCCCAUCAUUACCGGGGCGUUCGGGGCAAUAGCAGGGGCAGCCAGUGUAUUUGGAAACACGCCCUUAGACGUCAUCAAGACAAGGAUGCAGGGUCUGGAAGCUCAUAAAUAUAAAAGCACACUGGACUGCGCUUUGAAGAUCCUCAAAUAUGAAGGCCUGGCAGCCUUUUACAAAGGGACCGUUCCCCGACUUGGCCGUGUGUGUCUGGAUGUAGCCAUUGUGUUCAUCAUCUAUGAGGAGGUUGUGAAGGUCCUGAAUACUGUCUGGAAGACAGACUGAGCUGCUGGUUGUGCAGGAAUGCUGGCACAGAUCUAGGUUUGCCAGAUCUCAUCUGUAUCAUAAAACCAGCUAUGAACAGACUGGGGUGAAUGGCUGCACGUAGAUCUGUGUCAUAUGCUGACCUCUAAGUCAAAAUGCAGAUAAACAGAGGCUCCGGAGUAAAGAAAAGCCAGAAUGGAUGCUUACAUUUGAACAGCUGGGGGUGAAACAGAGCCUAUAUACUUCACACCGAGACUCCUUCCUCACAAAGCAAAGAAAAAGAGUCUUUUAUAGUUUAGAAAGAUUACAAAAUUAGUUAAAUCACUGUGAAAAAGCUGUGUUUUUGGCAUUAAGAUUUAUUUUUAACAGCAUUUUUAACGCAUUUGCUUCAUUUUUGUCAUAAUCCAAUCAUAAUCUGUCUGUCCAAAUUUAUUUUAAUGAUGUUUACAACAAUAAUUUAGGUGUUAUUGAUGUGCUUUUGUCUCUUCUGCUGUUGGUUGAAGUUUACAUGCACACACACACACACACACACGCACCCCCACGCACACACACACACACGCCCACCCUCCCACACGCACCCCACGCACACACGCACACAGAUAGACCUUUAAUUAAUGUAAUUUUACACUUAGAGUAUGCCAGUUAUUUUUAUAUAGUAUAGCAUAAAAUAUGUUUUUUAAAGUAUCUCUGCGUACUUUACUAUAUAUUUAAUCAGUGCCAAAAAUCAAAUGAAGGUUUAUUCAGAGUAAAAAAAAUAUAUGACUCAAAUAAUUUCCGACAAAAUAUUAAAGUUGAUCUUUUUAUUUGAAUAUUAAAAGUGAAUGUAUUUAUAAAGAGCUGAAUGUUAAAUUUAAUCAAGACCAUUUGCUGUUAAAGAGUGCCAAAUGUGUUAAGUAUGUCAUUCAUUUCUAUUAUCAAAUGCUGUAAAGAUGUUUAUGAGAUUAUUUCACCUGUUGGGUUUCACUGUGAAUUACCUGAAUUACCCCAAUCCAGUCAUUUUUUAAAAUAAUUGUAAUACUGGAGCCUGCAGUAGUUACAGCGCCCUAAACCAUCCGAAUUAUGGCAACACAGGAAAAGAUAUGAAGAAAAUCAUCAAAUUAUUUAUCUUUUGUCUCAGAAUAUAUGAAUGUACAAUCUCAUAUUACAUUCUUAUUACACUCUUUGAUUAAUAAAACUUUCUAGUCAGGAAUUAUUAUUUAUAUUUCCCUGGGGUGUAAAUGUAAUGUGACAUAGAGACCCAUUUUUCUUAGUCACUCUUGAAAAUUAGAAAAUAAAUAGAACAUUAUAUUAGGCAAUAAGAUUAAGAAUCAAGCCAUAAUUAUUACUUUUUAAAUAAUUUAUUACUAGAUUAAAUAAAAAAACUGUGACAGAGAGUGCUGGGUGAAAACUUUUCCGUCAACUUUUUUGUCAACAUUUUUACUGAGGGUGCCAAUAAUAGUUGAUGUUGAGUUAUUUUGUUAUUGUUUCCGACGGAUAUUAAGUAUAUUAAUUUCUUUUAAAUUAAACAUUUAUUUAACCAGAUUAAAACCCAUUUAGAUCAAGACCUCUUUCAAGUCAUAAAAGACAAGUAAACAGACAUAACAAAAAUAGACAUUAGAAACAUAUAAAAUGCAAACAAUUUGACAAUUAAAUAUAAAAUAAGCUCCUCACAUCAGUGUCACAAGAUAAAUCCAAAGGAACUCUUAGAAUUUACGGAAAACUAACCAUCUUCCUUAGAAACUUCCACUUAUAGUCUCACCUUUUUACAUUUCUUAGACUUUUGUAAAACUAAGCAGAAGAAUCAUAAGAAGAGAUCGUUUUGUUAGCUUUGAGGAAAAGUUUGAUUUAUUUAAAUCCUGAGCAGUUCACGUUUAAAGCAGAUGUUCAUUCAGGUUCUCACUCAUGUGCCUUAAUGCUGAUGUGUUCGAUGGUGAAAGUUUUGUCUGAGGUAUUUGUCAGUGAUUUCAUGUUUAACUUGGUCUUAAAGCUGAGGUGUCUGUGGUUCGUUUUACUUGUGAUGUGCAAACAGUCCUAACUGGUGUAACUGUAAUGAUUGUAGUAAAAUUAAAGCCUAGUUUCAUUAUUUAUGAAAGUAAAUCUUUAUUUUCCCGCUUUUCCUGACAAAGCAGUUGUAUUCUGUGUAGCCAAAUGUUGUCUAAAACAACGUGAUUCUGAGACUAUAUCGGUGUGUACCAGAAGUUGUACUGUAUGUGUAGGUGUGUUUAGGCUGUGAGGGUGACUAAAAUGAUAUUUGUGCAAUAAAUGCUGCCCCCUUUUUUUUGUCAGUA